UUUAUUCUUUCCUCUGCGCUCGGGUGCUUGCUUGCUCCUACGAUACCGGCCACCGAAAGGCUUCAAGUAGCGCUGGAGGACGGCGGCAGCGACCGCUCGCCGCGUGUUAUCGCUCGCGCUUCUCCCCCUAUCGCUGCCGUCGUGCUGUUUGUGCGUUGGUGCGUGCGCGACUUUGUGCACGUCUGUUCUGCGCUGCAUCCGAAGCAGACGAAACGACGACCGUGUUUCUGUUUGUGCGUGCGUGUGGGUGGAUUGUUUGGUGUGCCGUCGGCCCGUGUUCACUUCAGGAGCGCGGGUUGUGCACUUUGCUGGGUGCCGUCUGCUCGGCGGCGACUUCUCCGGGGCCAUGUUUCUGCCCAGCCUGCGUCGGCGGCGCCGGCUCCGUUCCGCCGUAGACGAAAAGGCGUCAUCGCGUUCGCGGAGGCGUACGCACGGGCACGGUAUCGACGUCGCCAGCGCCGCCGCUGAGUGCGAGUGACGCGCUCGCCGGUGCCGGCGCGGCCCAGCCGAAAGCCGGGACCCGUCUACUACAUCAUCGUCGCUUGGCCCGGCGUUGGAGGCGAGUGAGCCGUUCGCCCCUCGCUCAGCUUUCCCGAAAACGACCCCGUGACUGGGAGCAAAGGGAGAGGAGUCAUCGGCCGGCGCGGCGCGGUUCCGGAGAGAAGCGAGAUAAGCCCGGUUCGGUGCUCGCCGCCCGGACGGACGUCGCGCAUCAACAACGAGGACAUCCCGCGUUGCUGUUCCCGGCAGAGCCCUUCGAGACCGCCAGAUCCGUCCCAAUCGUCCCGUCGUCCGUUCGACUGACGGGUGACCAUCGCGGCGCGGCUCACACCGCGUCGUUCAUUGGGCCACUUGCCUCCCCGUUGAAGCAGCGCAGCCCUGGCGGCGGUAACGCUGUCGGGCUGCCCGCACUGCUGCAUGGACGAGGGCCGCUUCUGCGUCCUCUCGGCCUACGACAUGAACGGCCUGCCCUCCUCCCUGGACGCCAGGGGGGGAGGAGGGGGCACGGCCGGCACAAACACCGCGACCGCAAUCACGACUACCGGCGGCGCGGUGACCACCACCUGCACGGGCUCGGUGGGCGGAGCAGACGGCGACCUGGCCUCGAGCUCCACGAGGACCCGCUCGAUGUGCGCCAGGGCCUGUGCCUCCUUCUCCAGGCUUGGGCGGUGGGAGGUGUGGAAGGCGCUGCUCCUCGGUCAAGUUCUGUCGGGCCUCCUCUGCGGCACGGGAGUCACCAGCCAAAUCUUGCAGUCGCAGCACAACCUGCAAAUCCCCACGGCGCAGAGUUUCGUCAACUACGUGCUGCUGUGCGCGGUGUUCACCACGUGGCUGGCGUGCCGGGGCGGCGACGCGGGCCUCAUACCCGUGCUAAGAGCCCGCGGUGGACGCUACUUCCUGCUUGCUUUGGUGGACGUUGAGGCGAACUUCCUGCUGGUCAAGGCCUACCAGUACACCACGCUCACCAGCGUACAGCUGCUGGACUGCUUCACGAUCCCGGUGGUGCUGGCGCUGUCGUGGCUCGCCCUGAAGGUGCGCUACCACCCGGUGCACGUACUGGGUGUCAGCGUGGCGCUCCUGGGCGUCGGCUGCCUGGUGUGGGCGGACGCGCACGAGGCGUCCCACUCGGCGGGUCAGGUGUCGGCGACGCCCAAUCGGCUGCUCGGCGACAUGCUCUGCCUCGGAGGUGCCGCGCUCUAUGGCAUCUCCAACGUGGCGCAGGAGGCGUCCGUCAAGCUGUGCGGCACCGUCGAGUUUCUGGGCGCGCUGGGGCUCUUCGGGAGCGUCAUAAAUGGCAUACAGCUUGCCUUACUGGAAAAGGAACAAGUGGGCGAAAUUCGAUGGGAUGAUUGGCAAGAAGUGUCCAUGCUGCUGGGCUUCUCUGGGUGCCUGUUCCUGCUGUACCUGCUGAUGCCGGUGGUCAUUCGGCUGUCGAGCGCCACUGCCGCGAACCUCUCCAUCCUUUCAGCCGAUUUUUACGCCCUCGCCAUUGGCGUAUUCGUCUUCCAUUACAAGUUCCACUGGCUGUACAUGGUGUCCUUUAGCCUGGUAAUCGCGGGCGUGGCGCUGUACUCGGCCAAGCCGACUCCUCUGGGUCUCGGACACCAGGAGAGGGACUCGGAGGAAGCGCUGGCCUACACACCUUCAGGAGUAGGAGUGGCCGGAGGCGGUUGCCACGUGACCCAGUACGGGUCAUCCGGCACAGAGCACGGCUCGGCGCCUCUUAUCUCCGUGUCGCACGCCGUAAGCGUGCAUGCAUACGGAACGCACCAACACGAGCCGAGUCCCAAGACCAACGGUGCUGUCUCCUGAUCAUGCGGCUGCCCAGCGCCACCGCCCGCUACGCCAACACCGACGACCAACGUUGCUCAAUGAAUCACCAACCUUUCCCUCUAGUUGACGCCGUGGGUUGGUUUGCGCGAACGAACGUAUUUUUAACAGGCUUGGGAACAUCUCGGUGUCAGUGUGGAUCUCAUGGAACCUGCCCGUCGGGCCCUGCCGAAUAACGUGUUCAAAACUGCACUCACAUGCUCUGUAACCGCGCACGUGUGCUCGUUACCGCAUGUGUGAUAAGAAAUAUACUGAACAGCCUUAAUGGCCCUUCAGUGUACUCACAGUUUUGUUCAAUGUGCUAUAUAUACCGGACACAAUUGUGGCAUUUAGGUUGUGUUGACUGCCUACUGUAGGGUCUCACUGUACGGAAAACUUGGGAAACAUUUAAUCUGUUGAUAAAUAAGCGACACGUGCUUUCUUUUCAUACGUUCAUUCAUUAAGAAAAACAAUCAUGAGUUAUUCAUUGUUCUUGUUGUUUGCUCAAGUGAAGUUUUAAGUAUGAGUUCAGGAUUGUUGUGCCUGAUAAGAAGCAAUCAGCACUGGGUUUUUUUUUCUUCUUCGAUCUACUUCAAGAAGGGUUUCUAGGUUGGGAAGGCAAGUUGUCCUGGUGCUUCUGCCAUGUGAACAUGUUAUUGGCAUAAUAAUCGUAGCAUGGCUUCUUGAAGAACAAAAUGACAUGUGUCGCAGAGGAAGCAUGUGUCCUAUUAUUUGUUGUUACCUGGCGUAGUGACGUCAUGUUGUUGAAUAUCUGGAAGUAUGACGCACGUAGAUCUGAUCUUGUUGAAAUGAAAGGCUCCUACUAGAUGCCUCUGUUCAAUAUGCAGGCGAAGUUCUGCGAAAUUUUCACGCUGAUUUGUGUGAGCUAGACGAGUGUUGGGUAUAGUGAUUGAAUCACCUUUAUUUUCAUUACUGCAAGUUUGUGCGCAAAUAUCGGUGUUCUCUUGCAUAAUGAUGUUUUUAUGGUUUUAGAAUGCGCAUGUUCUUGGAUUACUAUGAUUUCUUCCUGAAUUAAACAAGGAAUGACAGGGCGUCCUUGAAUUUUUUGUGUUUCAUCUAGGGCAUAACGCUUUUACGCCUAAAACCUUCAACAAGGUGUCGAUAGCAGUUGUUCGACAGAAGUUAUGGCUCAAGCAAGCCCUCAGCUUGUGCUUGCUAACAUUAAUUGCUUCCGGAAGCGACUGUUAGAAACGUCUGUUUUUGUCAGCCUGUGUCAACUUAAAGAGGAUCAAUAAAUGUCAAGGGUCAUUUUUGAGUUCCUUUGAAAUUAGUCAAAUAAUUUUAGCGCCAAAUUUAAUCUUUAUGCUGAGAAGUCACUGAUAGGUUGGCUGUUCUCCUAUGUUGGGACGGAAUAUUACAUAAGUGCAAUCUAUGUUGAAUCAAGUAGAUCUUCUUUGAGACAGCGUUUUAAUGAUUCAGCAAGUCUACGUAAUGUUUAAAGCAGUGUUAUAGUAGUUUCAGAAACAAACCAGUAUAAAUGAAAAUGCAAUGUUGAUUUUCAGUUCUUUUGCUCGCUAACUUGCUCCAAGUGAUGUAAGCGUUUCAAGGUUCCUGCAAAGUUGAUUUUGCCUAUGUUUGGGAGCAUUAAAUAUAUAAACCUAUUUAUCUGGUUCCACUUUAUGCAUUUAACUUAAGUCCUGAGCGUGAAGAAAUGCCUUACUGUAUGUGCACGCAUAGUGAUCAAGAAAGCAAUCUUUUCCUUGUUAUUGUUUUUAUUUGACAAUGCCCUCGCUGGUUUAAGCAGUUUUGCCACUAAAUGUUUCUUCCGUUAUUCAACGCUGUAAUUGGGCACGUGCUCCAUCGGCUUCAAUAGAGAAGCAUAUAAGAGCCGAG